AAGUAAACCUGGUCAACUCCGAUUACUUUUUCGUCUCAAGCAUAUUUUCCUGCAAUCUCCGCCGGUUGUGGACUUAUCAUCCAACGGGCAACUAUUAGAAUCACCUACGCGGCGGUGCCGGAUUCUGUCUUUGUUCCCCGCAUCUCCAGCUUAUCACGACGACGAUAAGGAUUUCUACAUUCUGUAAUCCAUCUCCGCGAGCGGUCUUUCCUACGAAGGAGAUAUCUGAUUAGGACGAUUUGAUUCGAACGAGCUUGGUAGGAACAGCCAAAAUGGGCCUCACGUACAACGUCUACCUCAACGCCGACAAGAUAUUCGGCUGCCGAGAAUGCAAAGCCCAUCUCGCCGAUUACAACGACAUAAUCAGCCGUAACUUCCGCGGCCAACAUGGCAAAGCCUUCCUCUUCCUCCGCGUCGUCAACGUCAUCGAAGGCGCACCUGAAGAACGCAGCAUGACGACGGGCCGCCAUCUCGUGCGCGACAUUUCGUGUCGUACGUGUUUAAGCGUUGUGGGAUGGAAGUAUGAUAAAGCAUACGAGUCGUCGGAGAAGUACAAGGAAGGGAAAUAUAUUCUUGAAGAGGCGUUGUUGUGUUUGGUUGAUCAGAAGUGAUCUUCUCUUUUCUUUUCGAUUCUAGCAUGAUGGGUGGCUGUUAUGCUUCUCUUUUUCUGGAGGAUUGUACGGUCUGGCACUGGCGUUUCUCAUGGAUGGAGUUUGUCCCUUUAGUAUUUAGGCAAGCGAGUCAAAGUAUGUAUGUC